UCUUUUGUAAGAAGCAAAUCUGUUUGCUGCCUUUUCAGUGAAGCUGUGCCAAGCAAGGUGAAAGAAGCUGCAGCAUUCCCCAGCAGCAAGCAGACUGCCUUAAAGAAACAGUUUCCAGCCCUCUGAAAUUGGCUUCAACAUUCCAGUUACAGAGUGUAUGCAUGCACCCCGUCAACUACAAACUAAAGAAUUGUCUCCCAGAUGUGUUCCACUACAUUUACAGAUGGCAGAGAAGCCUAAAUUUUGUCCAUGUGACCUUGGAGAUGUGUUUGAUUAUCAACCUCUUGGAUGUGAAGUGACAAUUGAGCAUAUUAAAGCCUAUGUGAAGAAGCCCUCUUUUCAGACUGAUGCAGCUGUACUUGUGAUUCAUGACAUAUUUGGAUGGCAACUCCCAAAUACUAGAUACAUUGCUGAUUUGGUUUCUUCCAAUGGAUACAUUACAAUUUGUCCAGACUUUUUUAAGGGAGAAGAACCUUGGAAGCCAUCUGAUGAUAUAUCUAAAUUAAAUGAAUGGCUAAAAACACGAGAUCCCAAAAAUAUAGAUAGGGAAAUUGGUGCGGUCUUGAAAUAUUUGAAGGAAGAAUGUAAUGUGACAAGGAUAGGCGCCAUUGGCUUCUGUUGGGGUGGAUCUGCCGUACAUCAUUUGAUGUUGAACUAUUUUAUAUUUUCUGUAGGCGUGUCCAUCUAUGGACCUGUCAGUUUAAUGGAGGACAAUUUUAAUCUGAAAAAUCCCACAUUUUUCAUUGUUGCAGAGAAGGAUGAGUACAUUCCUGUUGACCAGUAUACUCAGGUAACAAAGAAGUUGGAACAGCAAUGCAAAGUUGAUUUUGAAGUGAAAAUAUAUCCUGGGCAGACACAUGGCUUUGUACAUCGCAAGAGAGAAGAAAUUAAUCCUCAAGAUAAACCUUACAUCGAGGAAGCAAGGAGGGAUAUGUUGGCCUGGCUGUGUAAAUAUAUUUAGUAAUUGGUGUACUCAAUCAAAAUAUGAAAUAGAGUUUUCAUUAUUGGAAAAAAGGAAUGCUAAAUGUAUCUUUAACACCAAGAUGUAAGCUCUGUGUACUUAAAUGCAUACUUUGCUAUAAGCAAAUGUCUACAGCAAUAAUGUCUCAGCUGCUGCUUGGAACAAUCUCCUCCCCUUGAUUGCAUACCUACCAGAAUCAGGUUUAAGAAUGGAAAUAUGGUUCUUUGUUCUUAUAUGCAAACUCAUUUUAUACUUUUCUCUCCAAUGUCAUGCUGUCAAAUCAGCAAACAAACCAAAUAUGAUAUGGCAACUUUGGUCAUGGACUAUCACCUGAAUUAAAGGGGCCAAUCAAUAUACUAAGGUCUCCCCAUCUCAUAAGAACUGUGCUAGAAGGACACAAGUUUAAGAAUUAUUAUGGCUUGAGAAAAUGGAUCUUGGGACUCUAUUGCAAGGCAAUGGCUUUAACGUUUUUCAAAAAAUUAUUAAGAGUAAGAAUUGCUCAUAAAAAAACAAGAGAGCUCUUUGGGUUAUCUAUGAUAUACAUGUUUACAUUUUUCAUAGAGCUCUUAGAUGGAAACUAUGAUACUGUUUUUUAAAUGUUCCUAACAGUUAAAAUAUGGAGAUAUUUUAAAUCUGUUUUCCAUGCUGAUUCCUUCAUUCAAUAAAAUUUUAAAUUUUGAUAUCA